AUGAAUCUGAAUAAGGUUUCUACUUCCGUGACUCGUGCAGAUAGUCGUGCUCAAGCUUUAUGUGAUAGGAUGUUAUAUUGCAAGUCUAAAAAGCAUGAUUGGAUAGUUAUGCCUUAUAACCAUGGGGAGCAUUGGAUGUUUUUUUUAUUAUUUCCCAAUUGGCAUUAUUGUUGUUUUCUCGAUCCUCUCAAUGCACCAUUAGAUAACAGGACAACCAUCAAGGAGACCAUCCAUGAUGCAUUUGAGAUGUAUUUCACAGAAAGAAUGAAAACAAGUCAAAAGAUCAACAAACGCUCAUCGGGAGUAAUGUAUUUCCAACCUACGUGCCGUAAACAACCAAACAAUAUCGACUGCGGAUAUUACGUUAUGAGGAUGAUGAAGAAUGUACUUAUCAAUGCCCCUCAUAUCAAACAUUUCUUGUCGAAACAGUUCACCUCUGACAAACCAUAUACUACUCAAGAAAUUGACGAAGUUCGAGAAGAAUGGGCAAUGUCAUUUUUACAAUUGGUUAGAGCAAAAUGAAUGAUGUUAUAGCUAGCUAAUUACAAUACACAUGUUCAGAAAUUUUAAAUUUAUUUUGCAAAUUUUUUUUCCA